AUGUUAAAGCGAAUACGUGCGGUGUUAAAUUCUGGUAACGAAAUAUCUGUGUUCUCAUCGAACACUCAUAAUCAUUCUAUUCGUGCUCAAACUACACGUGCUCCUUCGCCUGUACGUGAAAUUGUCUUGAAAUCGGCUGCUGCUAAAUUGAGCCAAACUCAGACCCAACUUGCUGUUGCCAAUGAGUACAAUGGAGAAGUCUCGUCGUCCAAGGUGACAAAUACGUUCUCCAUAAUGAUAUUGUCGUCUAAAUUCGAAAGUCUACCAGAUGAAUUAUUAUUGAAUGUAUUCUCCUAUUUGAAACCGAUCGAUUUAUAUCGAGCAUUUUUCAAUUUAAAUAUACGCAUCAAUUAUAUAUUGAACGAUAGUUAUCUUAAAUUUCAUUUAGAUUUUGACAAUGUACCUGUAUGUGAAUAUGAUCUUUUGUGCGAAUAUGUCAUGGAUCAAAUAUCAACUCGUCUACAUUCGAUAAAAUUAAGCAAUUCAACAUUAGAAUUAUUUUUUACACAAUUUGAUUUUGACAAAUUUCCAUAUUUGACAUCUAUGUCAUUAAUUAAACUAACAACUUUUGAACCAAAUGAAACGAACAUAUUUUUUCAACAAUUAUUAAAAAUUCGUCUACAAUUAUCUCAUUUGUUAAUUAUCGAAUGCCAGAGCGUUAUAGAAAUAGAUCUUUAUAAAAUAAUUUUCUCAAAUCAAUUGCCAAAGUUAAAAUCAUGUCAGUUAAUAUUUAGAUCUGAUCCAAUUGAUUUUGGAUGUUUAGGAAAGAUAUGCAUAUGUAAUCAAUUAGAACAUUUGACUAUUGAUAAAUGCGAUUUUGAUCAAUUAUUAUAUUUACUACAAUAUUUACCAAAAAUGAGAUAUUUACAAGCAAGCAUUAUUGGUUCUGUGACAAUAUCCGGAAAAAAGGACUUAGCUGAUUUAAUACCCUAUUUAAAUCAGUUAAAAUUAACUGUUGUUCGAUUUGACUAUUUUGAAUAUUUCAUUCAACAUAUUCCACAAUUAACCUUUGUAUCUUUAAUUUAUUUAAAUGCAUAUCAGCCCAUUAUUUCUGGUGAAUAUUUGGCAAAUUUACUUUUAACAUCAUUGCCAUCAUUAAUGAGAUUCAAUUGUACUAUACCUGACUUUAAAUUUGAUUACAUUACAUUCAUAGGCACAUUCCAACAUCAAAUGUAUUUGGAUAGAAAAAAUCAGUGGAUAAUUAAACACAAUUCUGUACGUAAUUUUACACUCCAGCGGUGCACUUGAAUUCACAAACGGUAUCAGAAUGUUUUUGAAUCAUAUUCUCGAUGAACCUUCACUAAAUGUGUCAUUACUUCUCAUGUUGAUGAAAAAGGCGUUAGUUUAGCGUUAAUAAAUGAUUUUAAAUCUUAGAUUAGAUUGAGGAAAUAAUCGUAAUGAUACGAUAAAAUGCUAUCAUAACACAGGACCUCGUAUGGAACGAAAGAGAGCACUGUUCUGUACGCAUUCCAUAAAACCGAUUUUCUGUAUGUAGAAAAACAACAUCUGUCUUUCCAUGUGCAGGCCUAAUACUGUACAGAUGAUUAAUUUUUAAUUGUUUUUAAUUUUAAUUUUAAUUUUUGUAUUUUAAUUUUUUUCAAUAAACAUAAUUUUUUAUUUCCGUUUGUAUUAAAUGUUCACCACCACAUGGGAACAUUAAAUUAUAUAAAGAAACAUUAUUUUAAUUCAUGGGAAUAACUCUGAGGGUAAAACUAAUGACUAAUGCAGCAACUUGAAGUUGAUCAUUUUAUUAUUUAUUUGAAAUUUGCGACUUUUAUGUAUAAAAAACACGAAUGUUAGAAACUUGACGCACAGUAAUCGUCGAUAUGAUGAAUGACUGACGGUCAGAUGCCUGAAGGGCGUUCGACGCCUACUAUGACUGCAGUCUACAGACUAUAACAACAAGCAUUCAGGACUCAAAAUAACGUAUCGUCGUUCAUUCCCUCCUGCAUGACUUCUACAGAAAUAGCUCAAAGUACUAACGUUUGUUUUUAUCCUCUUGUUAUUAUUGCAUUUAGCCGAUAAGCAAGAUUGGUGAGUGUCACAUCUGACUUUUAUUAUGAUUCCAGUUUAACUGAUUUCUCGAUUUGUCUUAUAAGUAAAGUAUUAUGGUCGAUUUUGUUUGUCAAGUGUUUGGUCAAGAUGAAACGAUGCUAGAACUUGAAAGUAUGACUAGACAUGUGCACCAUGCCGCUGCCGUCGCCCCCGCUGAUGGGUAACUAAGAUUUUCGGUCACGCCUAGGGGUGUGACAGCUCGUGAACUGUGAGUAAAUGUAGUAAAGAGCUGGUGACCAUCUCCAGUUCGUACCCAUGUGAGCUGUUGAUCAGCUCCAGCUCCUACUCAUGUGAGCUGUUGAUCAGCUCCAGCUCCUACUCAUGUGAGCUGUUGAUCAGCUCCAACAGUUUUAUACUCAAAAGAGCUGCUAAACAACUCAAACUAUUUCAAAAGAACUGUUGUGAGAACUGAUACUGAAUAGAUCGUGGA